AUGCCCGGGAAGUUCGAUCCCCACAAAGAUAAAUGGGAGAACUAUAGGGAGCAACUGUUCUUCGCGUUAGAAGCUGCGGGGACAUUGGAAAGCGUGCAGAAACGUGCCUUGUUUUUGUCUCAAUGUGGUAAAGAAGCAUUUGCCUUGAUAGUGUCGUUGUUGUCACCCAAAAAGACGAGUGAAGUGUCAUUUGAAGAAAUCGUUGAAGUUCUUAACAAGUUUUUUGUGCCGACGCCGCAUCCAAUUUUAGAAACAGAAAAAUUCUACAAGCGAAAACAAAAGCCUAAUGAGUCCAUAACAAGUUUUGUGGCUGCAUUACAUGAUAUUAGUUCUCGUUGUCAAUUUAAAGAUUUGGAGCGGAGAAUCGUAGAACAACUUAUUCUCGGAGCAAGAGAAGAAAAUUUAAAAAGGGAACUGUUAAAAAUUAAAAUGAAGAACAUGACAUAUGACGAAGUAAUACAACAGGCGCUUAAUUACGAAUCUAUUCAACAAAAUCAGUUUGAAGGGAAUAAUAUAUUGUGGAGAACCCAUUGUGAUGUCGCCGAAAGUUCAAGUAAAGGCGAGCCGAUGGAGGUGAACGCAGUCGGUACCAAGACCAACUCAAGCACUAACAAUUCGUCAUCGUCUGAGAGUGAAAAAGCUAAUGAGGACAAUUUUGGCGUUCACGAAGUGAGUGGCGAAAUGCGUGUGAAGCCGUUCAUGGUGGAAGUGACAAUUAAUGGCGUGCCACUAGUGAUGGAGGUGGACUCGGGCUCAGCGCGCUCAAUCCUGCCGCACAGCGUCUACAAACAACAUGAACGCGAGUUUCCUGAGCCUUUGCUACCAUUUAACAAGAAUUUGAUUACAUGGACUAUCGAUGAGCUGAAAAUCAGAGGCGAAACUGUAGUUGACGUGACAUAUAAACACAAGAAUAGUAAGCUGCCCCUAAUAGUCAGCUGCGGAAAGGGGCCAGCGUUACUAGGACGUGCUUGGUUUGAGGCGCUCGGUAUUUCAGUGCGGUAUUCGGUUGCUGAAGAGGAGGCGGAUUAUGAUAAGAGGUUUCCACAAUUAUUCAACAAUGAGUUAGACAAGUACAGUGGACCACCAGUACAUAUUGACUGUAAGGAGGGUGCAAAUCCUGUGUUUCUGCGUUCACGACCAGUACCAUUUCCGCUGCGGGAAAAAGUGAAGGAGGAGUUGAAAAGGAUGAUGUCGGAUGGCAUCAUUACUCCUGUUAAGCAUUCACGGUGGGCUACACCUCUCAGGAUUGUUCCAAAACCAGAUGGAUCAUUGAGAUUGUGCGGAGAUUACAGGAGUACGGUGAAUGCAUCAUGA